AUGUUUGAUUGGGUGAAAUCUAAAUGUCCUGGCAGACACGGCAAAUACAACGUAUCGAACAGAAUCUUAGCAGAAUGUGAAAUGCGGGAAAGAGACACUAAUAAACCUGAAACACUAGAGAUCAAUGAAGCCAUCCCAAACACUCGUGAAACCCAACAACAUAAAGUCCAGGUGAAAGUGAUCAAGAAUAAAGAGGUCAACAUUAUUUCUUCAUCAGUUGAAAUUGUGGAAGUAAUUUCCAAUGUUAAACAGUGUCCAAUUCAAAACUUUUUAACUUCUGAUGACGAAGCUGCAUCCUCUGAGACGGCGUCUUUUAAAGAUUUUACUGAUUGUUCUUUUAUGGAGUGCACUCAAACAGAUAGAGUUGAUUCUUAUUCCUGUGCACAAAAUUCUCAAAUCUCUGCAUGUGUUUUGAUUGAUUUGAUACAGUAUAAAGAUAAGAAUUCUAAAUCCUUUUCUUAUGAGACAGAUUCGGAUUCUGGUAGAUCAAGUCUAUCUGAUCAAAGUGAAAUCUUUACAUCCAGUGAACAUUCUUUCUGUGGACAAUCAUAUACAGAAUCCAGAACAAGAUUGUACCUAUCUGACUCAGAAUAUAGUUUUGACUCUCUAUUCUCCAAUAAUAUGGUUGCUUGUGAAAAUGUAGAAACAUAUCGCAGCAGUAACUUAUCCAAUGAAAGUGUAUAUUUAUCAGACAAUGAAUAUAGUUUUGAUAGUGACUUAUGUCUACAUUGUGAACCCAAAACAAAUAACCCGAGUCGAAUGCAACACGUGUUUUGUGAAUAUGAAUAUCGAUCAAUUGAUCAGAGUCGAAUGAACCAUUUGUCUAAAAACAGUGUCUGUCUUUCAGAUAUUUGUUAUAGUUUUGAUUCUGACGGUAAUAGUCUGCAUUCUGUCAAAUCAGAUAGAAAUCUAACACAAAGUCUAUCUAAAAGUAGUGUCUGCCUGUCAGAUAGUAACUACAGUUUUGAUACCAAUCCAGAAAGCGUCCAGGUUGUUCUCGACGAGGAGCUGCCAACAUUUAAUCCAAAGAUUGGUUUUGGGUUAAAUAGAUGGUAUAAACAGUAG